GAUAUAUCUACCUCGUUAAAGGUUGGCCUAUACAUGAGCGAAUUCUGUUUUCAUCGUGUGGAAAGCGCGCCAGACCGGUGCGUCAACGGCGAUGGAAAUAUCGAGUUGCAGUUCGUGACUGACAGCGGCAGCUGAAUCUUCUCAUGAGACCUGGGCGGCUAUGGUGGUGCCCCUGCCUAACCGAUGUGAGGAGCACACAUACUUUUAGAGACUGGAUGACAGCACAACACUCUCUCCGGACAGCUGCUGUCAUUCGGAAGAGUACUGUCACCGGCGGUUGACCUUCGACUAGAAGACACAGUUGAGAAAAGGAAUUCCUUAACCAAUAUAUUUCAUCAAGAGAAGAGGUAGCCAAUCUUCGUAAUCCAAAGCAAGUGGUUAGGGGGUGACUAGUAGGCUAUGGGAGCAUUAUGCUUUCCCGAAAAGGACUGAUCCCGGACGACUACUUGCUUACCCGCUUGGCUGAGGAUGUCCAGCAGCCUAAAUUCAAGGCGUUAAAAGCGCGGAAGGCUCGUUUCGUCGCCAAAAACGGAACCUGUAAUGUGGCCCACACGAACAUUCGCGAACAGGGACGGUUCCUACAGGAUGUUUUCACCACUUUAGUGGAUCUAAAAUGGCUUCACACGCUUAUAAUUUUCACUAUGUCAUUUCUGUGCAGCUGGCUGCUGUUUGCAAUGGUUUGGUGGCUCAUUGCCUUUGCGCACGGCGACCUGGAUCAAAAGGGUGACGACUUUGUCCCGUGCGUGACGGACAUCCACUCCUUCUCAUCUGCGUUCCUUUUCUCCAUAGAGGUACAGGUGACCAUCGGGUUCGGGGGGCGCAUGGUCACAGAGGAAUGCUUGUCUGCCAUAGUGGUCCUUAUCGUUCAGAACAUCGUGGGCUUGCUGAUUAACGCCAUAAUGCUGGGGUGUAUCUUUAUGAAGACGGCCCAGGCCAACCGGCGCGCCGAAACGCUGAUCUUCAGCAAGCACGCCGUCAUCUCCAUCCGAAAUAACAAACUGUGCUUUAUGAUCCGUUUAGGGGACCUGCGGAAGAGCAUGAUCAUCAGUGCCACCGUGCGGAUGCAGGUGGUAAGGCGCACCACCACUUCGGAGGGCGAGGUGAUCCCCCUGGACCAGAUAGACAUUCACAUGGACAACCCCGUGGGGACCAACGGUAUUUUCCUGGUGGUCCCUCUCAUCAUAUGCCACGUUAUUGACAAAGACAGCCCGCUCUACGAGCUUUCGCCAUUGGAUUUACAAAAUAAUGAUAUCGAGGUGGUAGUGGUGCUGGAGGGGGUGGUGGAGACCACGGGGAUAACAACCCAGGCCCGUACAUCCUACCUGUCUGAGGAGAUACUGUGGGGGCAGCGCUUUGUGCCCACUAUAUCCGAGGAGGAGGGCAUGUAUGCGGUGGACUAUUCUAAAUUCGGUAACACAGUUAGAGUAGCGACACCCAGCUGCAGUGCCAAGAGACUGGAUGAGAAGGGAGGCAUCGCCAGGUUUAAACUGCAAGAGCACGCGACCCCGCGGCCGUCGGUGAGAAGGCGGCGGCUCUCACUACGCAUGAAGCAAUACAGCACAAUCAGCCCACUAGCCUAAAUAGCCUACUUUUACAGGUAUAAAGGAGUUGCCAUUGCAUUUUGUAUGUGAAAGUAAUAGAUUUGUAUUACCUAUUGAAUUUUAAUGGAUAACUUUGUAAUACUACAGAAAUGAAAUGUUUAUUAUGUUCUAGCAGUGUUAUUAUUCUGUUCCAUGGCACCCACAGGGUGUGCAGGCCUUUUUCUUGCCCAGUCCUAACACCUGCUUCAACCAAGGACGUGAUUAGCAGUAGCGUGUGUAACAGUAUAACUUUAGGCCGUUUCACAUCCGUUACACGUGCAUCAUGGGUAAAACUCACUGCGGAAGCCAGAAAAAAAAAUCGAUAACCUGCUAGUUCAUAUGCCUUGCGACCGUGAUACAACCAUGGAGAGUUACUUCAAGUUGCAAAGAAAACGAGCUGCCUCCACUAUUCCAGCAUCAUCAAAUCACCUCUGCUUAGUCUAAUACAGUGACAACUAAAAACAAUUUAGUCCAAUCAACAUAAGCUAAAUAUGUGGCUGGCCGUGGUUCUGAUUUGUGAGCGGGAAAAAACGUUGGGUCAAUAAUAUCCAUAAAACCUAGCAGUCAAUCAAGGAAAUGGUUCCAAUCGUUUUUCCACCAUUUUUCCCAUUGUGGAUUUUAGAAACACUGAAAAUAAGGGCUGUGCUUUGUGUAGGCUUACACAGGAGUGACAUUUUGAUAACUGUAAAUCUCUAGGACAAGGUGACAUUUAUCAAAAUAUUUUCCUGUAUUUACCCCACAAAAAUAAAAUACUAAUUAGCUGAUGUGUCUAUCAGAAAUAACUACAAAUGCAAUGAGACUGCCGAAUCAAGGCAAAGAAUCUCUGGAUUAACUAUGUAAUGUUAGGUAAAUGUAGUAAUUCAUAAAUUGGCAAAAUGUCUUUAAAUUAACAAUUCUGUCAACUGUCUUGUGCAAGUUUUAAAUUGACACAAUACCUGCUAGUAAAACUGUCAGCCAGAGGUGACGUGCAGGAUCUUGCAGGGAUUCUUGCUUGAGAAAUGAAUCUUUGCUAAGAAGCCAUUUUUGUUUCUUUUUGACUAUUUUAUAUGAACAUAAUCACAGUAAGGUGCUUACUUGUUACGCCAAAAUUUGAAAUCGAGAUAAAAAUGUCUGCACUGGAACUUUAAAUAAAUAGAAUGGUUAAAUAGCAUUAUUUAGAGCCCCCAGAUAUUAGACUUCUGUUGCAUUUAAAGCUGCAAUUAUGUAACUUUCACAUAGAAAUAUGAGUUAUAGAUCUGUCAAUCAUUGAAAGCAAUUCUAAGUGCAGUGCAACUUUAAUGGGGCUCACACCCACUCCCCCCUGUAAUUCAUACUCAGCGCUGGACCAGAAGAAAAACCUUCACAGCCUGUGGGUAUAGUAAAGACCAGGAUCAAAGAACACUGUAUUUUGUAGCCCAAUAGCUCUAUUAUAGACUGCAAUGUGAAUGCGACAUUACCUGAAGCAUUAGGUGAUUUUAGGUGCCUGAAUGUCUUGUUUUAGCAAUCCCACAAUAUGCACGUAUCAAAUACAUUCUUAAUCAGGGUCCUAAAUGAAAACAUAUGCACAUGUAUGACGGAAUGCAGUUUGAUAGAUUUAUAACAUUAUGCAAAGUUAUGCAAGUACUGUAUCCAGUUGGGAGGCAGAAGCCAGUGUGUGUGUACUGGUGCCCAACACUCCCACUGAAGAACGAGCCUCCUGCAGGCUUUCCAUCUGGCACUGCAUUAAAACCAGUAGAACUGACACUGUGGCCCUUGAGAACUUCAGCACUGCUGAUCUACAUAAUGAUGCUCUUGUAUGGUAAAAAUCACUAUGGUUUUUGAUAGUGUUUAUGCAAAGCUAGACUUCGGCAAUAAAGAGGAAAUGCCUGUUGAAAAGCACUUGACAUGUACUGUGUGUGUGUGUGUGUAUAUAUAUAUGUAAGGAUGAUAUGCAGAGGAGAGUUUCCUUGACAUGUACUGUGUGUGUGUGUGUAUAUAUAUGUAAGGAUGAUAUGCAGAGGAGAGUUUCCUUGACAUGUACUGUGU